AUGGCGAGUAAUAUUCCAGCAGUGCUACGAUCGAUUGACAUUGGUCGCUUUGCCCUGAGGGCAGCGCAGGUCGAGACAGCGAAGCCAAUAGUCGCCUAUUGGUGUAAUUUCCAUAUUGUGAACCAAAUUAUUGAAAGAGGUCUACACAGUUCAAGUGAUGAGAUCAAGCUAUACACAACCAACCUGGUGGACAAGCUUGAACAGUUCAAAAGUGAGAAUCCAGACAAUGAGACUGUAACGGACAAUGUCGCGGCAAAUGCAUAUGUGGAACAAUUCGGACUGGAAGUCUUUAACCGCGCUGAGGCUGCUAUGACUGCCAAUAAAGUGACCAAGCAAACAGCAGACACAUUUCAAGCAGCAUCCACAUUUCUUGAACUAUGUGCAAUCUGGGGAGAUAUUGACACUGAAAUUGCAGGAAGAAUCAAGUUUGCCAAAUAUCAUGCAGUUCGAAUUGUCAAGGCAAUCAAAGCUGGAGAAGACCCCAAUGAUUCCAACCCUGCACCAAAGGAGGAGGAAGAAGUCCCAGUUGGUGAUUCAGAUGUUCAAGCAUUCGAUGAAUCAGUGGCAGAGCAGGCAUCAAAGCCCCGACAGGCAUCUGUGGAGGAGAUUCCCGAUGAGGCUGAUCGACUUGGACACCAUAUGGCUCAUCAAUCUACUCUCGAUGAGUCUCUUCAUCCGUCGAGAGAUUCUUCGCUUCCGCGUGCCCCUUUUGAGAUUCCUUCUGUCCCUCAAAAUGCGCCUGGUACCCCUGGACGGCAGAUGGACAUCGACCUGCCACAGCCUGGGGACCUCGAGCUUCCUUCAACUCCCGGCACCAUAGGUGGAUCUACAGUUCCAACAUUGCCAGAUGCCCCUGGACAACCCAACACUCGCUCUACUCACUCUCUGCCCCCUUCUGACACCUUUCAGUCCUUCCCUCCGCCUGCUAGCCCAUCAGUUACAACUCCUAAUCCUGCCUCAUUCUAUGAUACACCAACUGCGAGUGCUUUUAUCCCGCCACCAGCAGCUGCUGGGAUUCCUUCAUUUACUCCUACCUCUCCCCCGGCUGCCCCUGUCCCGAGUGCUUCAACUCAGCCAUCGCGUUCCAUUGACGAUCAAUCUAUCUCUCUGGCACAGAAGCAUGCUCGUUGGGCAGUUUCUGCGCUGGCAUUUGAUGAUGUCGAUACUGCAGUAAAGGAAUUACGAAACUCUCUGAGAUACCUGGGGGCGGAGUGA